CGGCCCGUCUACACAAUGGUUUUACGAGUCCUUUGAAGUAUCAGACUAGACCGAUAUAACCGCGAUUGGAGUAGCAAUUGUACCCCAGCUAUAUCUAAUCACGGAUCGACGUACCCGGUGAUCAGCGACGACUUUCCCAAUGCGCACCGGUCAACCGUGAGUGCACCAUAGCAAGAUAGGGCUCUAUAUUGCACAACCACACACCCUAUAUCUCCCCUGCACUUUUGCAGUGUAAGAAUCCCAGUAGGAACUGGCGAUUCCAUUUCGUCUACCUCGGUACUCUUCUGCGGGACUUUCGAUCACGAAACACGGCAGACCCAGAGUAAACCUCGGACGGUACGGAGUAAGUAUUCGGGGACUGUAUCAGUGGUACUGGAGCUGCCUUCAAACAAGAAAAAUCAAUUAUAAUCAUUCUGCCAUUGUUUCCCUACAAGUUUUGACUAGAGGGUUUCUUGGAGUUUUGUGAUAAAUCGGCUUUGACAUAACAACCGUAGAAGCUACUAAAGACCAAGGAAUGGGAACUAGCGUAGUUCAUCGAUAUACGACGAGUCGAUCGCUAUCACACAGGCAAACCAUGUGGUAUCGGACGCACGCUGCCGUAAUACAGCCCAGUGGUGUAUUAACGUGUGCCAGUUGUCAAACUUUGGGAAAAUAAAUACUGCAGUUUUAAUUGAAGUUGUAUAAACAAUGAAUUCCGUAUGAACUUCCUUUGAUGAUCCUGUACACAUUUAAUGUUUAUCUCAAAGAGUGCAUUUCCGUAAAAUAAAUAUCGUCGGGAUUUAGUCUUACCUUCUGGCACGGAAUACGAUAUGAAGACUCUCGAACUGGAUCUGGUGAGAUUCAACUCUGGAAUUUUUAUGUUUCAAAAUUAUUACGGUGAAUUUACACAAUGAAAUUGAAUUAAACUGUAUUAAUGUGUGGAGUUGGGGUAUUGUUCAGGACUCUAAAAGUCCUAUUUAAAGAAAAGAGAAUCCCAGGAUGCCUUUUUACACGUGUUUAAAGCCAUUUAUAAUAUAUCACUUGGCCGGACUCCUGUUUCUCCACUGUACGAACUGUCUACCCAGGGAAAUUAAAAUAGGAGGUUUAUUUGGAAAUGAAGAAUCCACAACAGAAAACGCAUUCAAGUACGCUGUAUACAGGAUCAAGCACGAGAAGAACCUGCUGGGCGGAUCCACGCUUAACUAUGACGCACGGCGUCUGCUGGUUGAAGACGCGUUUACAUCCUCCUUGGAAAUUUGUGAUCAAAUCACCCUGGGUAUCACCACAUUAUUCGGACCACGAUCUCAGCAUCUCUCCGCCUUCACCAACACCUUGUGUUCACAUCUCCACAUUCCACACAUCGAAUACCGCGAAACCACACAAGCUCAGACGCUCCUAUCCGGUUUCUCCAUCAACAUCCAUCCAAAAUCAGACCAAUUAUCAAAAGCAUAUAUUGAUCUCAUUGACAGCUAUAAAAUGAAGACCAUUCUUCUGAUUUACGAGAAUCAAGGAGGAUUAAUAAAGAUGCAGAAUAUAUUACACGCGAUAACCAAGGAUGUCACCAGGCAAAUAUUCAUCCGCCAAGCCGACAGUUCCAAUGUUAGAGACGUCCUAAAGGAGGCCAAAUCUAAGUCAUGGACCAACAUUAUUGUGGACAUGAACAUUUCUAACACUGCCAUACUGCUCAGAACGGCUCUUCAGGAAGGAAUGAUUGAUCCAUACCACCAUUACGUCCUGACAACUUUGGACAUCGAAGGCAUUAACUUAUAUGACUACAAGUAUAACUAUGUUAACCUUACUGGAUUCCGAUUGGUUGAUCCUGAUGACGAGUACACACGUGGUAUCAUCAAAGAAAUGUAUUAUUACGAAAGGGACACGCAGCUGAAACUUUUAUAUGAUAAAGAUUAUAAUACAAUUCCGUACGAAUCUGCGCUGGUGUUUGAUGCGGUGUUGCUCUUCGCCAAAGCAAUAACAGAUCAGGCCAGGGACAACAUUUUUAUACCACCUAACGUGUCAUGCGACUCUGAGGAUAUCUGGAGGUCGGGACAGGAUCUCUACAACUAUAUACAGAGAUCAGAAAUUCGCGGACUGACGGGAGAUAUCAGUAUCAAGGAUGGACGCCGCCAAAAAUUUAAACUGGACGUCAUGCAACUCACAGAGGACGGUCUCCGGAAGGUGGGAACGUGGACCUCCAAUAGUACGACUGGCAUCAACAUCACACACCGCUAUAUUAAGGAAAAUUCACCGUUUGGAAACAAGACUUUAGUCGUCACCACGGUGCUGGACAAACCUUAUGUGAUGAUAAAGGACCUCGAGCCGGGGGUGGACGGGUCAAAGCUGGGUAACGAUCUGUUCGAGGGCUUUUGUAUCGAUCUCCUGAAGGAGAUGGCGUCUAUUGUGGGCUUUGAGUAUAAAAUCGUCCCAGUUAAGGAUGGCCUCUACGGGAUAAGAGAGAAUGGUGAAUGGAAGGGGAUCGUCCGGGAACUCAUCGACAGGAAAGCGGAUGUGGCCGUUGCCGCCCUCACUAUCAGCUAUCUCCGUGAGCAGUACAUAGACUUUACCAAGCCAUUCCUUAAUCUCGGCAUCAGUAUUCUCUUCAAAACUCCAGAGCGGAAGAAACCAGGACUUUUCUCUUUUCUGAAUCCUCUCGCUGUGGAAAUUUGGGUGUACGUUAUUGCAGCCUAUAUGUUAGUGAGUUUCUGUAUAUUCGUGCUGGCACGAUUCAGUCCGUAUGAGUGGUAUAACCCCCAUCCGUGUAAUCCCGAAACCGACACCGUCAAGAACACGUUCGAUUUAUCCAACAGUUUCUGGUUUUCUGUCGGGACUUUAAUGCAGCAAGGAUCUGACGUUAAUCCUCGUGCCAUUUCAACCCGGAUUGUCGGAGCCACGUGGUGGUUUUUUACUCUGAUUAUUAUUUCCUCCUACACCGCUAAUCUGGCGGCGUUUUUGACUGUUGAACGAAUGAUAUCUCCGAUAGAGAGUGCGGAGGAUCUAGCAACACAAAACACAAUUUCAUAUGGGACCUUAGAAGGAGGAUCAACGAUGACGUUUUUCAAAGAUUCCAAGAUAGACACGUACCGACGUAUGUGGCACUACAUGAAGAACAAAGAUCCAAGUGUGUUCGUGAAUGACGCGCGUGAUGGCGUCGACAAGGUGCUGGCCGGUAAUUACGCUUACCUAAUGGAGUCCACGUCCAUAGAGUACCAGGUUCAACAGAACUGUGACCUCAUGCAGGUCGGAGGGCUCUUGGACUCUAAGGGGUUUGGUGUGGCCACUCCCAUGGGUUCGCCAUUAAGAGACAAGCUGUCGCUAGCCAUUCUCCAUCUACAAGAAGACGGGAAAGUGCAGGAACUGUACGAUAAAUGGUGGAAAGGCACUGGCAAAUGCAUGUCUGAGCGGAAGGCUAUUGAGUCCAAGGCUAAUGCUUUAGAUGUGAAUAACGUUGGAGGGAUUUUUGUGGUGCUUCUGGCCGGGUUAGCUCUAGCCAUUAUCGUGGCGUUCCUGGAAUUCAUUUGGAAAUCCAAGAAAAACGCCCGGGAAGACAGACAAUCAUUGUGUUCCGAAAUGAUACAAGAGCUGCGGUUCGCAGUGCGAUGUCACGGCUCCACCAAAAAGUCUAAAUCACAGCGGGCGUGUGUAAAGUACAAAAAAGGACACACCGCCUCGUGUCCGCUAACUGUUGAUAUGCCAAAAGACUGUAGUUCCUCCAACGGGAUUCUACCGCUGAGAGAACUCCGAAAAUCUCCCGUAUCUAGGGGCAGGGAAUUCUCAUUUGGAGAGGGAUCGUACAUGCACGUGGAAUAUAGCGACACAGAGACGUGACAAAUAUGUAAACUCCGUCACAAAACGGAAAAUGUUGUCGGUGUGCCUUAAUACACUUGUCUUGAACAUUGUUAUGAUAUCACUGUUUGUUCACAGUCAUUUCUUUCAUGUUUUCACCAUCUUCAUGUUUUUGCUGGAUUAUUUGUGAAAGACUGUGAUAUUUUCCAUGCUUCGUUCGUACAUUUCUUCAUGUUAUAAUCUGAAUCAAUAAUUUGAAACAUUCUAACGAUGAAUUACUACAUAGUGUAUCGAGAGAUUCUCAUGCUUAGACAUUUUAUUUUGUUGUUUUUCAACAAUCCCAGCUACACAAUUGGUAUUAUAAGGAGUGGCUUUCUUAUUACAUGUAUGUUUAAAUUCUCAAUUUGACAAAAAAUUGUCGUUAAUACAAUUUUUGACGUUUCUCGGUUAUGAGAACAUUUUGUUAAAAUAUUUAACCAAGAAAUAAAUACAAUUGUUGGU